AACCAAUUAGUUUGUCUGUUUCAUUUGGUCAGCAACGUUGAUAAGAUCGAAUCGAAAGAUCUCGUUUCCUCGGUACAGUCAACUCGGCUCCCCUCUAUCGUCAAGCCAAUAGCGGAUCAGCAGGUUUAAGCCUUUCUUCACACUUCCCCGUCUUCUUCUUCUUCCCACUUAUCGAUCCUCUGCGGAACUUCGUCUCCUAAUCACUCCCAUCGCUGCAAGAAUCCAAGAAUCAAGAAAUGGAGCAACCGGACCCCAAGAAGUUCCCCCUUCUUGCUUACGUCCUCUCCCAAAUCGACCCCAACUCCUACCCCUUCCUUCCGUCGGAGCUCGGCCAAGAUUUGAUGACCCGGCUGCCUCACUUAGCCAACCCAAAGGUCGUUUCUCGCCUGACCCAAUCGAUCCCAGAGAGCAUCGACCGAACUCAGACCCUCCUGGCCGCCCUCGGGCCCCGCCCGGACCCUUUAGCAGUGUCCGCGGCCCGGCUGAAGCUCGCCGAGCUCGGGGACGGCGGCUCGGCCGAGGCCGGUAUCUAUGCGGCGGUGGUGAGGCUGGACGAGAUGCACGCGGAGUAUGAGAAGCAGCUGAGGGACGCGGAGUUGAGGCUGGUGGAGGCGUACCGGUCGGCGGUGGAGAAGGAACUGGGGGGCGCAUCGGUGGUGGACGAGGAGGUGGUUAGGAUUCUGAGGGAGGCGGAGGGCGAGGCCGCUGCCCAGAUGGAGAGAGUCGAACUUUCAGGCCGGCAGCUGAGGUUCGUGCCCGAGGCGUUCGGUAAGCUCAGCAGCUUGGUCGUGAUGAACUUGUCGAACAAUGAGUUGGAGGUCAUUCCUGAUGCAAUAGCCGGGCUGAAGAGUCUCCAGGAGCUCGAUGUCUCGUCCAACCUUCUGCGAUCCCUCCCCGAUUCCAUCGGCUUGCUUGUCAGUCUGAAGAUCCUCAAUGUAUCGUCAAACAAGCUAACUGCCCUUCCCGAGAGCAUUGCGUGGUGCAGUUCGCUGGAGGUGCUCGAUGCCAGCUUUAACAACCUGUCUUGCUUGCCUACGAACAUUGGGUUUGGGCUGUCCAAACUGGAGAAGCUAUCGAUCUCCUUGAACAAAAUCCGCAUACUCCCGACGUCAAUCUGUGAGAUGAGGUCCUUGAGGUACUUGGAUGCCCACUUCAACGAGCUCCAUGGCCUCCCACAGGCGAUCGGGAAAUUGACAAACCUCGAAGCCCUCAACAUCAGCAGCAACUUCAGUGACAUGAGAGAGCUCCCGGACUCAUUCGGUGACCUCAUAAGCCUCAGGGAGCUAGACCUCAGCAACAACCAAAUCCGAGCCCUUCCUGAUUCAUUCUACAGGCUCGACAACCUGACGAAGCUGAACCUAGAGCAGAACCCGCUCAUAGUCCCGCCCCUGGAGAUUGCCCUAGAAGGUGCCCAUGCUGUCAGGGAAUACAUGAUGAAGAGGUGGCAUGACAUGAUCGCCGAGGAACAGGAGAGGAGCGCCCGCGAGGCGAGCAGGCAGCAGGCUGCUCAGAGUAGCUGGAUCGGGUGGGGCACUUCAAUGUUGGGUGGCCUCGCCACGGGUGUGUCGCAGAGUGUUUCGGGAUAUUUGCAUGGCGGGAACUCUGCAGGAGACCCAUACUUAGACCAGCAGCUGUGAUUUGAAUUCUAUCAUUCUCGUGAACUUGAAUGUGUCGCGUGGGCUUCGCCCGGAGUUAAGGGUGCGAUUUCGGUAAAUAACACUGCAGACAUAUUAUGGUUUAAAAAGGAGUCAUACAGGUUUUGUUGUGUACUAAGAGAUCUUCUGUAAGAGAUUUUGCUUAAUAAGUAGUCAAUGCUCGAAAAAGUAAUCGAAUACUUUCAA